AUGUCUACAAAGAAUUCAAAGCCAUACGCCUCGAUUCCCAUCACUGCGGAAGUGACUGAUGGUUUUCGAGAUAUUUCGUUCAGUGAUAUCGCCAAUGGAGUUAACAACUUCGCUUUCCAGCUGGAAAAGCUAUAUGGUCGAAGCGAGGAGUUUGCGACUAUCACUUAUGUAGGGAUAAAUGACCUUCGAUAUGUGAUGGUAUUUCUAGGCGCAAUAAAAUGCGGUUAUAAGACCCUUUUGAUUUCACCAAGAAACCCGCCUGCAACUAAUUUAAGUCUUAUGGCCACGACAAAAUCCACUAAAUUGUUGUACACUGCGGAACUUGCACCACUGUUCAAGGGAAUGUGCGCUGCAAAUUCCGAAAUAGUCGGUACGCAACUCAGCAGCUUCGAUGAAAUGAUAAUUUCCAGCCCGCCAUUUUUAUAUUCCGAAGUCUGGUCUAAGGCUAUAAACAAACCAGUCCUAGGUUUACACUCAUCGGGAUCGACAGGAACACCAAAACCUGUUGUCAUGACACACGGCACGUUUGCAGUUCUGGGUAACGAAGCAAGUUUACCAAUGGUGCCUGGAAGAGUUAAGCAAGACCUGGCAAUAUGGAAUGGUAAAGAUAGUGAUUCAAGCAGAUUCUAUCACAUAUUUCCAACAUUCCACUUAGCAGGAUUUGUAACCACGGUCGUAAUUCCAAUUUUGGGGAACGGGAUACCAGUGCUAGGCCCUCCAACCCGACCACCGAACGGUCAUCUCAUCAUCCAAGUUAUGAAGCAGCACACUUUACGAGCGUUAUUCGUGCCACCUUCUCUUGCUGAAGCAGUUUGCCAAGAACCCGGCGGGCUUGAAUUGAUAUCACGACUCGAGUUCGUAUGUUACGCCGGCGGUCCUUUAUCCGACGCGAUAGGGGACAGAUUGAGUCAGGUCACCAAGCUCUGUCAAAUCUACGGCUCUACAGAAUUAUUGUCCAUGCAACAACUCUUCCCGAAGAAGGAAACUUGGGCUUAUCUAGAAUGGAAUCCACAUGGCAGUUUUCGUAUGCGACCAGCCGAGGAUGACAUGCAUGAGCUUAUCGUGUUGACUGAUCAGAGAGGCCAGAUCACGAUAGAUUUUACCUCUCUAGGUGUUAAGGAGUAUGAGACUCGUGAUUUGUUCAAGCAACAUCCUACUGAACCUGGACUCUGGAAGUUUUGUGGUCGGAGAGAUGAUAUUGUUGUGCUCUCGAAUGGUCAAAAGUUUAAUCCGAUACCGAUCGAGUCGACUCUGCAAGGCCAUGUUGCUGGUGCUUUGGUGGUUGGUCAGGGUCGUUUCCAAGCUGGUUUGAUUGUGGAACCGAAGCCGGAUACAGACACUUCGACGAUACUCGAUAAUAUUUGGCCGAUUGUUCAAGAAGCGAACAAGCUUGUUCCAGGUUAUGGUCGAAUUACUCGUAAUAUGAUUCGUCUCUCUGAUCCGGCAAGACCGUUUGUUCGAGCUGCUAAAGGCACUGUGAUUUGGAAGAUGACGGAGAAGUUGUAUGAGCAAGACAUCCAUGGUCUGUAUGAGAAUUAUUCCGUGCAAGAACAGUCAUCUGUACUUGGACCUCGCCUGCGGGCUUCUUUCAAGUUAGAAGAUGUGACGAGUUUUGUCAGGGAAGUCAUCACCUCAAGCUUUCCUGACACUGAGUUACGUGACGAUGAUGAUCUGUAUGUCGCAGGUUUGGACUCGGUUCAUGGUCUCGUGCCAAGAGUCAGUUCAACACUCAAUGAAGGUGCUGUACACAAUUCAACUGGCCUCGUCGUUGCUCUCAUUGGCACAUCAGGAUACCUCGGUAGCGCUCUUCUCGACAGACUCAAUCUCGAUGAACGAAUAACGAAGAUCUACAGCCUGACCCGCGCACCCGCAAAUCAAUCAAACUCACAUCCCAAAGUAAAGCAUCUGAAAGUCCAAUACUCCCAACCACAAUUUGGUCUCAAAGAUCCCGACUUCCAAGAACUUAGUUCUCAAUGUCACGUAUUAAUCCUGAACGCAUGGAAAGUCAAUUUCAACCACUCCUUAAAGUCUUUCGAAGACAACAUCAAAUCUCUCAGAACAUCUUUGGAUCUCGUCGCAAAAAGCCCUCAUAACGCACGUCUCACUUUCGUCUCAUCGAUUUCAGCAGUUGAAAAUUACCUACCCGACGCCGAGAUCCCUGAGGCGUUACUCGGCCCAGAAUUCGGCGAUAUUGCACUGCCCAUGGGCUACGCGCAAUCUAAACUCGUUGCGGAACGCAUACUAUUAGAAGCAGGUACUAAGUACAACUUUCCAAUUACAGUGUUAAGAGUCGGACAAAUCGCGGGUUCCACAGACCCGAACUCGAAGAGUAUGUGGCCAGUUACUGAUGCCAUCCCAUUAAUCAUCGCCACAUCCAAAAUCAUCGGUUAUCUCCCUGAACUCCGAAACGUGGAUUAG